CGCGCUGGGGCUUGCGGAGCCCGCCUCCCCGCCCCUCGGAGCCCGCGGGCCCAGCCGCCCAGUCCCGGGUGCCCGGGGCGAGCAGGCCGGGAGGGAAGGGCGGGUCCGCGCGUCGGCAGUUCUCGCCUCGCAGCAGCGCCCUCUCGCUUCAGCACCUCCCGCUGUCCGCUGCUGCAGCUGCCUCCUCCUCCAGGUGCUGACUAUUCUGAUGCUGAGUUUCCAAUUGCCUUGAUUAAAGUAGAAACACCCUAUGGCUUGGAUGACUUACAUUUCAAAUUGGUUUGAGCAAGAUGAUUGGUAUGAAGGACUACAAAGAGCAAGCAUGUCCCAGGUAAGGCAAGUGGGAUUGCUGGCUGCUGGAUGUCAGCCGUGGAACAAGGAUGUCUGUGCUGCCAGUGGAGACAGGUUUGCAUAUUGUGCGACCCUGGCUAUCUAUAUUUAUCAGUUGGAUCACCGUUAUAAUGAAUUCAAACUUCACGCAAUUAUGUCUGAACAUAAAAAAACAAUCACAGCAAUUUCUUGGUGUCCACAUAAUCCUGAUCUAUUUGCAAGUGGCAGUACUGAUAAUUUAGUGAUCAUUUGGAAUGUUGCAGAACAAAAAGUCAUUGCUAAACUGGACAGUACAAAAGGGAUCCCUGCCUCUCUGAACUGGAGCUGGAAUGCAGACAAUGUGGUGGCAUUUGUUUCCCACAGAGGCCCACUGUUCAUUUGGACCAUCUCAGGACCAGAGAGUGGAGUGACCGUACACAAAGAAGCUCAUAGCUUCUUGUCUGACAUCUGUAUAUUCAGAUGGCAUACACACAAAAAGGGGAAAGUUGUGUUUGGUCAUAUUGAUGGAAGUCUGUCAAUUUUUCAGCCAGGUCAUAAAAAUCAGAAGCAUGUUUUGAGACCUGAAUCUCUUGAAGGGACAGAUGAAGAGGAUCCAGUUACGGCUUUGGAAUGGGACCCACUAUCUACUGAUUAUCUUCUAGUGGUUAAUUUGCAUUACGGAAUUCGCCUGGUAGAUUCCGAAUCACUUUCUUGCAUAACAACAUUUAAUCUUCCCAGUGCUGCAGCUUCUGUACAGUGCUUAGCCUGGGUUCCCAGUGCUCCUGGGAUGUUUGUAACUGGAGAUUCUCAAGUGGGUGUUUUACGCAUUUGGAAUGUUUCAAGAACAACACCUAUUGAUAAUCUUAAAUUAAAGAAAACAGGAUUUCACUGUUUACAUGUGCUUAAUUCGCCUCCAAGAAAAAAAUUUUCAGUUCAAUCUCCAGCCAAAAAUCAUUAUACAUCCUCAACAAGUGAAGCAGUUCCACCCCCAACUUUGACACAGAAUCAAGCAUUUUCUCUUCCUCCUGGUCAUGCAGUGUGUUGUUUCUUGGAUGGUGGAGUUGGACUUUACGAUAUGGGAGCUAAGAAGUGGGACUUUCUUAGAGACUUGGGACAUGUGGAAACUAUCUUUGACUGCAAAUUCAAACCUGAUGAUCCUAAUCUUUUAGCAACAGCUUCAUUUGAUGGCACAAUAAAAGUCUGGGAUAUAAACACCUUAACGGCAGUGUACACAUCCCCGGGUAAUGAAGGUGUUAUUUAUUCCCUUUCAUGGGCUCCAGGUGGUUUAAAUUGUAUUGCUGGGGGAACUUCCCGAAAUGGUGCUUUUAUUUGGAAUGUUCAAAAAGGCAAAAUUAUACAACGAUUCAAUGAGCAUGGAACAAACGGAAUAUUCUGCAUUGCCUGGAGUCAUAAAGAUUCUAAAAGAAUAGCAACCUGCAGCAAUGAUGGUUUCUGUAUUAUUCGAACAAUUGAUGGUAAAGUGCUACACAAAUAUAAGCAUCCAGCUGCCGUGUUUGGUUGUGACUGGAGCCAAAACAAUAAAGACAUGAUAGCCACUGGCUGUGAAGACACGAAUGUUCGUGUUUAUUAUGUAGCCACCAGCUCAGAUCAACCAUUGAAAGUAUUUAGUGGGCAUACAGCAAAAGUGUUUCAUGUUAAAUGGUCUCCUCUGAGAGAGGGAAUUCUUUGCAGUGGUUCUGAUGAUGGUACUGUUCGAAUCUGGGAUUAUACUCAAGAUGCUUGCAUAAGUAUUCUUAGUGGACACACUGCACCUGUGAGGGGAUUAAUGUGGAAUACUGAGAUUCCAUAUCUGCUAGUAUCUGGCAGCUGGGACUAUACUAUAAAAGUAUGGGACACGCGAGAAGGAACUUGUUUGGAUACUGUGUACGAUCACGGUGCAGAUGUAUAUGGUUUAACCUGCCAUCCCAGUCGGCCCUUCACUAUGGCCUCUUGCUCCCGUGAUUCUACAGUGAGACUCUGGUCAUUAACACCGUUAAUUACUCCUGUACAAAUAAAUAUUCUGGCAGACAGAUCUUGGGAAGAAAUUAUUGGGAACACUGAUUAUGCUAUAGAAGCAGGCACUCCUCCUCUACUGUGUGGUAAAGUGUCAAGAGAUAUUAGACAAGAAAUAGAAAAACUAACUGGUAAUUCUCGAAUGAAAAAACUAAGAUGGUUUUCAGAAUGUUUAUCCCCUCCAGGUGGCAGUGACAAUGUUUGGAACUUGGUUGCUGUGAUCAAAGGACAGGAUGAUAGCUUACUUCCUCAGAACUACUGCAAAGGAAUAAUGCAUUUGAAACAUCUGAUUAAAUUUAAAACAUCUGAAGCUCAAGAACUAACAACAGUCAAGAUGUCCAAAUUUGGUGGUGGUAUUGGUGUACCUACUAAAGAGGAAAGACUGAAGGAAGCUGCUGAAAUCCACUUGAGAUUAGGACAAAUUCAGAGAUACUGUGAACUUAUGGUUGAACUUGGAGAGUGGGACAAAGCCCUGUCAAUCGCACCGGGGGUCUCUGUGAAAUACUGGAAGAAGUUAAUGCAGCGGAGAGCUGACCAAUUAAUCCAGGAAGAUAAGGAUGAUGUGAUUCCAUACUGCAUAGCCACUGGUGAUGUGAAAAAACUAGUCCAUUUUUUCAUGUCAAGAGGUCAGCUUAAAGAAGCUCUGCUUGUUGCACAGGCUGCUUGUGAAGGAAAUAUGCAAACCUUACAUGUUUCUACACCUAACGGAGCUUCAUAUUUUGAUGAUACCUACAAGGAAGACUUCAAUGAACUCCUGCACACAGUCAGUAAAGAACUGGCAGAAUGGUAUUUUCAAGACGGCCGAGCAGCACUAGCUGCAUGUUGCCAUCUUGCCAUAGAUAAUAUUGAGCUUGCUAUGGCAUACCUGAUUCGUGGAAAUGAACUGGAGUUGGCAGUCUGUGUGGGCACAGUACUAGGAGAAUCUGCAGCACCAGCAACCCACUAUGCCCUAGAAUUACUGGCAAGAAAGUGCAUGAUGAUUUCAGUAUGCUUUCCAUCUGUUGGAUACAGGAAUUUGGCAGCUGAUCUUCUCCUGAUGAUUCCUGAUAACGAACUACAUUUAAUAAAACUCUGUGCUUUCUACCCAGGGUGUACUGAAGAGAUAAAUGACCUUCAUGAUAAGUGUAAGCUACCCACAGUUGAAGAAUGUAUGCAGUUAGCUGAGACAGCCCAUGCAGAUGACAAUAUCUUUGAAACUGUAAAAUAUUACUUGUUAAGUCAAGAACCUGAAAAGGCCCUUCCUAUUGGUAUUAGCUUUGUUAAAGAAUACCUCAGUAGUUCAGACUGGACUUUGGAUACCAUAUACCCUGUUCUUGACCUAUUGAGCUAUAUUCGUACUGAAAAAUUACUCUUGCAUACAUAUACGGAAGCUCGAAAUGAGUUGCUAAUACUAUGUGGUUACAUUGGUGCAUUAUUGGCUAUCAGAAGGCAGUACCAAAGCAUUGUUCCAGCACUUUAUGAGUACACAAGUCAGCUAUUAAAACGUCGGGAGGUGUCAGUACCUUUAAAAAUUGAAUAUCUUUCUGAGGAAUUGGAUGCAUGGAGAGCUUGUACACAGUCCACCAACAGAUCAUUAGAAGAUUCUCCGUAUACACCCCCUUCUGAUUCACAAAGAAUGGUUUAUGCAACUUUAUUAAAGAGACUAAAAGAAGAGUCACUGAAAGGAAUUAUUGGACCAGAUUACGUGACUGGAUCAAAUCUUCCAAGUCAUUCUGAUAUUCACAUUUCUUGUCUUACGGGAUUAAAAAUCCAGGGCCCUGUAUUUUUUCUUGAAGAUGGGAAAUCUGCUAUCUCCUUGAAUGAUGCUUUGAUGUGGGCAAAGGUGAAUCCAUUCUCACCGUUAGGGACUGGAAUACGACUCAAUCCAUUCUGAUAGAAGAUAUUUUUUCCAUGCUUACUAUUUUUUUUUUUUUUAAAGAAAAACUUUCAUGGGUUAGUAUUACCUUAAUCUUUGUUGUUCAAGGCCAGAGGUUGGGAGGAGGAUUGCAGGUUGGGAGAUGUCGGAAAUAGCAGUCAAUUUUAUUCAUUCACUUCAAAAAUUAAAAUAUGUAUAUAACUUAAAGGAAAAAUAAAUGCCCCCUUUAUAAAUAGUAAUAGCUACGUUUGGGAAGGAGGAAACACUUAAAUUAUAAAGGACUGAAUAAAAAGCAUAUAAAAGUUUCACACAGCAUAAAAGGUACCAAAAUAUUAUAUUGUUGAAAUAUUGAAACAUAUUAAAUUGUGCAACACCUAGAAUAGUGCUAGACAUACAUUACAUGCUUAAUGGAUAUUUGAAUGAAUAUCUUGAAAUAUCAAAAUAUAAGGUGUAUGCAAUGAUCAUCAACUUAAACUUAUGUUCUCCUUUAUAAAAUGCAUAGUAAACUACUAAUGUUAGCUAUUUAAUAAAAGUUUUCAGUUAUAAGUUUAGUAAAUAUUAAUAAAUGGAUACACAGUCAAAAUACAUUU